AUAUUGGCAAAAUAUCUCGGUACAUAUUGGAAGCGUGCACACGCCGUUCGCCAUCGAUAUUCUCUUGCAUAGCGUUAGUGGAAACGUGGCAGUGGAUGACAUCGCAAUGCUGCAGUGUGGGGAUACUGAAGAGAAGGAGGUUGCCCCUGUGGGGUGCGGGACAGGAGACUUCCAGUGCAGCACCUGCCAUUGGGUACCUCACUCCAAGCUGUGUGACCUCAUCCCUGACUGCCUGUUCGGCGAGGACGAAUACCUUCCUUUAUGCUAUGAAAAUCAGUGGAAUGGAAGCUGUUCGUUUGAGGAUGGCUGGUGUGGAUGGGAAAAUAUUUUGAACCCUUUCCGGAGCGUGACACGAUGCGUGUUCGACAGGGCUAACUUCACAGACAUUGACAAGGAGAAAAUCGGCAAUAACCAUG